ACUCACCGCUCGGCCGAGCGGGACCGGAGCCACUCCGCGGCUGGAGGGGCUCGAGGAGCUGCAGAAGGCUCCGGGAAAGUGGCACUGGCACGUCCUCCUCGGGGACAGGAUCGGAUUUUCCAGUAAACCAGUGGUUUUGCGGGAUCAGCGGGCCGGGAGCCCGGCCACGGCAGCGGCGGGACAGGCACCGGGCCGCCCCUGCACAGCCCUCGCCUCCCCGCCGCCUCUGCCCUGCGCUCGGCCAGCCCAGCUGCAGCUGCACGGCCUGACUGCACCAGCCCGAGAUGGCAGAAGGCAGGCGCGACCCCCAGCCCGGGGACCUGAUCGAGAUCGACCGUCCAGGUUACCAGCACUGGGCCCUGUACGUGGGGGAUGGAUAUGUCAUCAACGUCACACCUGUAGAUGAAGGAGCUCCAUCUCUGUCAGUGAGCACCACAUCAAUAUUCACCAAAAAGGCCAAGGUGAAGAAGCAGCUCCUGAAGGUGGUGGUGGGAAAUCAUAAAUGGCGUGUCAACAACAAGUAUGACCGCUCCCGCACUCCUCUGCCUGUGGAGGAGAUCAUCCGGCGUGCUGAGCAAUGGAUUGACGAGGAGGUGACAUAUGAUGUGCUUACCAGCAACUGUGAGCACUUUGUGACAGAGCUCCGCUACGGUGAAGGAGUGUCUGACCAGGUCACAAAAGCAGUAAUUGGUACUACAGCAGCUGUAGGAGGUAUCAUUCUUGCUGGUCUUGCCACUGUUGUUGUGAAGGGCUUGUUUGGGGACUCAUCCAGAAGAGAGAGAAAGUACUACUGAUGAGCUCUCAGGAGGAGCUCAGGCCAAGGCAGGGAAAGCUCCUGGCCACAGCAGUCACUGGUCAGCUUUUGCUGCACCUGUCAUCAAGGCUUCCUAGCAACUAUGCCACCCUUGCUGUAAACAUUAAAUAAUAUUCUUACAAUAAAUAAUUAAUAUUUAAUUAAAUAAAAUGUCAAAAAUCCAAACUUUAAUUGCCUAAAAAUCUUCUUUUGUCUAACUUUGCAUCCAAGUUCAACUGUUCAGCCUUGCUCUUCCCUGCUGUAUCAUUAAGAAAUAAAAAGUCAAGAUUGGCACCAUUUAAGGUGACCUCUGGCAGCACUAGGCUGGUUGCCAUUUCUACUUUUAUUUCAUUGCCUGUGAUGAUUUUUUGUGGUAGUCUGGGCGCAUUUGCACUGUCUGGGCACAUUGCACAAAGCCUGGGUGCAGGCUUUGCAUCCGUUUUCAUAAAUUGGUUCCUUCCUGUAGGCUUUUUCUGUAUAUCUGUGAUUUUAACCUCAACUUUCAAAAAAAGUCAAAAAAGUACUGCUGAGGGUUUUCCAGGUGAGGCUCUAUGUAGGUGGGAAAGCCCUGGCUGCAAUGUCUGCAAAGGAGCAGGAAGGGCAUGUGCAGGGUCUUGAGCCUGUACUUGUGCUGCUUAAACUGAGAAACUCUGGGGAGGUCGGAGGGAAGGUCUUAUAAGCUGUACCCUUCGGAGUUUUACAGGGGUGUUCUGGUUUUGGCAUGAUGCUGUUUUGCUUGGUUUUUCCCUGCCUACAAAGUGUUUACAAAUGUACUGAGCCACAGCAUUUCCUUGUCACAAAGCUGAUGUGUGCAUUGUCUUGGAAGAAAACUCCUCAGGCUAAGUGUGCUUCAUUGUCCUUUCUCUGGAGCAUCUGCCUUAAGUGUUUGGAAGCAGGUUGCCUGCAUCCCCCCUGUGAGACACACAAUCCUGGGUUGCUUUUCCUACAGGCAAUUGCCUGGGCUGCAGGGACAGCUGAGAGCAGAAGAGCUGUGUGUGAGGGGCUGGCUGGUUUUGUCUGCUCUGAGCAGCUUGUCCAGGUUUAACCGCAGCCAGCAGCAAAGCACCAGGCAGCCACUCACUCACUGCCCUGGCAGCCCCAUCAGAGAGGGAAUCAGAGGAGUUGAAGUGAAAACCUUGUGGCUUGACAAAAAGAUGGUUUAGUAGGUAACCCAAAGCUCUGCAUUAAAGGAAAGAAAUCAAGGAAUUAACUUACUGCUUUUUAUGAUCAGUUUUACAAUGUUUGAAAUAAACAAGACAAGAUUUCCAGU